UGCCCUGUCUAUCUAUAGGUGGAUGUUUCUUGGAUGUGCACAAGCACACGUAUGCGCGCGCGCGCGCGCGCACACACACACACACACACACACAUCUAUUGCGGAAGAAUCCCUAGUAUAUAGAUAUGAAAAAUGUCUCCCUUGGACUCUCAUAUUCUAGAUAUCCAAUUUUAUAAACUCCUGCCUCAAAUUCAUGCACAGGAACAAACCGAGUUGGAGGGUGGCAGUGGGUAGCCAUGGCAGAACCCAGCUGGAAGAAGAGGGACUCCAGCUGGGAUGAGAGGAGCAGCGGAGGAAAGAUGGUCAAUGCUGGGGCCCCCAAAUAGGGUGUGAGCAUGAGAGAGGCAGCCUGGGUGGGAGGUGUGAACUUGAGCCCGGGGUUCUUGGGUGUGAAUAUCCUCCAGUCAGGGAGCAUGGGGACCUGUGGCACUCAUCUAGUGACUCUACUAUGUUGCAGGUUCCCACUGAAGGAUGGUCCCAGGCUGCAAGCCUGGCUGUGGCGCAUGAGCCUUGAACACUGGGUACCCAGCUGCCACUUAUACUUGAGCAGUGAGCAUUUCACACCCUCCUGCUUCCAGUGGUGAUGGGCGGUUCACUACCUGCGACCUGAUGCGGUGUCCUCCACCUUCUCCAGGGUAUCAACUGAGGUGAGGAGCCAGACAAGAACCUGAAGCACCGAGAAGCCUGUGGCACCGCCCCCUCCUCCUGGGCGGGAGGUUUCAUCCCUGGCCCUGGAGCCCAGCAGCAUGGCGUCUGGCCCAGUGCAUUUCCUGGUACUGGGACCCGCAUCAGGAGACCCCAAGACUUCGGCCACCACGCUCCUGACCCCUUGUCCCUCCCACUUGCUUCCACGGCCAAGGACUGGCCUCUCUGACCAGCACCCACAAGCUGGCUUGGCGGCUGCUCUGGGGGCACUGCAGCAGAUAGUUCACAGGUUGCAGAGGCACCAGUAGUGGCACCAGGCACAGCUGCAAGCUUUGCAACAGCUGGCACAGCAGCUGCACGGGGAGAGCCUGCUGGCCUGCACACACAGGGUCCAUUGUGUUGGGCGAGUGCCCUGGGACUGGUACCCAGGGCCAGGGCGCUUGCUCCACCUGCAGCUCCGCUUUAAACCAGGGUCCAGUGUCGAGCGCGCUGUCCGCGCCAGACUGAAACUUACUGAAAACCGCCAUGAUCAUGACGCUGCUUUUGUGCCGUUCUCCAGAUGUAAAAGCAGAGUCCUAACUUUCACCAAAGCAGGAUUCACCAUCAUCUGUGGAAGGCCUGACAUAGCCACACCUGCCACCCUGGAUGCUAAGCCCAAGCCCCUGGACACUCAGAUGCCCCAUGUGUAAGGGUCCGAGUGACAGGACUGAGAGUCAGAGAUGGAAGGUAGAAGAAGAGUUCCCACACUCAGUCUUGGCCUGGCCCUGGGGAGGAACAAUGCUCCCAGCACUGGGUCCUACUCUCAUCCACUUGAACCUUGAGUGUGACCUUGGACCAAGUUGCCCCGGAACCCUCAUCCCCUAGGAUGCUCAUCCUCUGUGGUUUCCAGCCCCAGCUAUCCCCAACUCAGACCCUUGGCAAUCAGUUAAAGUCUGAGCAGAAUAAGGGUCACCCGCUCAAGGGGUGCUGUGCCUGGUUCUGAAGAGCCCUGGUGUGCUGUGCCAAGCCUGCUGUGGGGUUGGGAACACAGCAGUGGACAGGGCCCCAAACCAUCCCUGCCUUUGAGUUCAUGUCUGCUGGAGUAGAAAGUGAACUAGUAAACUAAUAAACCAGAUCACUUCAAACUGUGAGUCAUCUCAAGUCUGAAGAGGUAUGAUUGAUAGGGGCGUGGGCAUGGG